CAGACUUGCAACUUCCGUGCCCCAUGAACCCGCUGCUCUUCCUGUACCUCAACCUCGUCCGCGGCCCGCAGAUCGCCGCCGAGCGCCAGCGCAAGGAGGCCGAAGCCGCCCAAGCGGCUGGCCCGGUCCCGGCGCCGGCCCCCGUCAAGCCCAAGGAGGUCGUCUUGGCGUCGUGCAAGAAGUGCGACAAGCAGGUCGACGAGGCCGAGCUCCGCGCCAACUUUGACAGCCUCUGCGUUGCGUGCGCCAGCGACCCGAUGUCGAUGCUCUCGCCCGUCUUCAUCUUCCAGAUCCUCCUCAUCCUAUUCGCGCUUGCCGUCUUUGUCUACCGCAGCCUCUAAGCCUGCUGCCUGUCGCCGUGUUGUACCAAUACUUGCUCUCUACUGCUCUCUACCUAUCGAAUCCUGCUAUAAUACACAUGCACUACACUACACGUAGUACUGUACU